AUGGCAGUGCACCUUAGCCCUCUGUGUGAGCCGAGGGACGAAUCGACUCUCCUGGAUAUGAACCAGGAACUUCGUUCCCAGCUGGCGCAAUGCAAGCAGGAGUUGAGAGAUGUCAAAGAGAACUUGCUUGUAUCGGAAGCUACAGCCUAUGUUCUGGCCAACCACCUGCAGAAAACCAACAACGAAGGCUGUAAAGAAAUCACCGAAUUGGUGUUGGGAGAGAAGCUGCAGUGUGAAGUGAAGAAGUUGGCAGAUCGGCUACCUGAGCAGCUCAAGAAAUGUGAUAUUGUAAUGCAGAGCCAGAAACAACAAGUGCUCAACUUAACCCAAAAGUUACAAGAUGGGUGGGGUCUCUCCUGCCUACUCCACCAGAGUAUCCAUCUCCUUCUAACUCAAGAAGACCUGGACAGCUCUCCGGGCCAAGUCUUAAGGCAGAAAAUGGCUGAAAUGCAGGGUCUGGUAGAGCAUCUCAUCAGCAAGCUCAGUCCCGAAAAUACUGAAGAGGAACAAGAAGGAGAGGAAACUGUAGAUUCAAGCAAAAUAAGUAUGAAUAUGGAGGAGAAGAAAAGGGAAGUCCUGAGUGAAGAGGACACUGUGAACCUGACAAGCAAUUUGGAAAUAUCUUCCAGCUAUGAACAGUCCAACAUCCAGGGUGAAAUGACAACUGAAGAAAAUACAACUGUGCUUUCAGGUAGCCUAAUCAUUCUUGUUUCCUACAGAAUGAAAAGGAGCAAGGAAAAGACACUUAUCCUGAGCAAAGAGAUGAAGAACAAUUCUAUGCCAGUGGACAAGAGCUUGUUGAGUGAUGAAGAAGACAAUGAAGAUACAAAAUACAGGCUUGAUGAAGUAUAUCUUAUGCCUUCUGAUAAUUAUGAUCUCUCAGUUCCCUACAAGCCUUCUAUCUACUCUAGAGAGGCAUGUUAUGAACGGGAAGGCUUUUCAACGGUGAACAGACAGGCAGUGGCCUUCGAAGUCACCGUCAGCCCACUGAACCCUGAUCCUAGGCUGGAAAUUGCAGAUUCGUUUGCCAGCAAAUCUACCUGCGAGCUAAGUGAGGAAAUCAUCGCUUUUGGUUCCAUGAAAUGGAAGGAAAUGAAAAGAAAAUUUCGCUUUAGUACCCGGAGACUAGCCUGCCGAUUCCCAGGCCUCCAAACUUAG